CAGGACAUCUUUAUGGUGUCCCAAAGCAGGAGUUUGCCCAAUAUCUAGUACCUUUCUUCCCAAUAUAGUGUAGCGAUACCCCAUUCUUUGAACGAAGCCCUCCAGUGGAAUCUGAGGAAGAAAAAUAUGCGUCGGAAUCAAAGGGGACAUUCAAUUGACUGUUCCAACAGAACAGAGAUUGAGAGUGACAGGGAUCCAACCCCAACUCCAUUGACCAGAUCCAGAAGGCCAUCAUCUCGAAACCAAACUCUCACAGUAUCUGACGAAGGAAGUAUGAAUGAGAGUCCUGAAGACUCCUACUUGGUCACCCGAACCAGUGAGCAGAGCACCAGUGAAGAAGAUUCACCCCAAAUAGUCACGGCUAUCAUCCCUUCCUCUUGCAGAAACUUGCUAAGCAGUCUGAUUCAGAUCAUCUGUUUUAUCUCCAACCUGAGAAAAACUGUCCAUAAACUUCACCUCUUCCCCAAGUACAUUGGGAGGACCCAGACAGGGGAAGCAACACUCAAGAAUUUGCUUCAUAAAUUGGUGGAGAAGCUGUCCAUUGUGUUCUUCUGUGUGUUUGCCUUCUGGUGUAUCAUUAUGUACUUGCCAACCAAACUGGAUACAGGGAGAAUAAACAUGAGGACUUCAGGUGAGAUCAAAACCUCCAUUUCAUCACUCACAGAACUAAGGCUUUAUCAGGAGAAGGUGAGAAAACAUGCAGAAGAAAUCCAAGCCCUCCACAAUCUCAUGAAACAAAUUUCAGCCAAAAUCCAAGAAGUGAAAGUCAUGUCUAAUGAGGACCUAGUGGCACAGAACAUAAUGAAAAAAAUACAAGGAGACUACAUUGAAAAGCCUGAUUUUGCCUUGAAAUCGAUUGGAGGGACCAUUGAUUUUGAACAUACAUCUGCCACCUACAGUUGUGACAAAGCCAGAUCUUACUGGAGCUGGCUCCGACUAUGGAACUAUGCACAUCCACCUGAUGUCAUCCUGGAGCCCAACGUGACCCCUGGCAACUGCUGGGCAUUCAGGGGAGACCGUGGGCAAGUUGUCAUCCGCCUGGCCAGGAAGAUCUUCCUCACCAAUAUUACUAUUCAGCACAUCCCCAAAACGAUUUCCCUGUCAGGCAACUUGGAUACGGCCCCCAAGGACUUUGUCGUCUAUGGCAUCAGUGAUCAAAGCAGAGAAGAGACAUUCCUGGGGGCUUUUAUGUUUCAGCCUGAAAAUGCCAUUCAGAUGUUUCCACUCCAGAAUACACUCUCCAGACCCUUCAACUGCAUCAAACUAAAGAUACUGACCAACUGGGGAAACCCCCACUUCACCUGCAUAUACCGAGUUCGAGCUCACGGAACAGUGACUCCUUCAGCAUCUGACUACUAAGCAAGAGGCUCGUCCUUACCUUCCCAGAGAAAUUAAAGUUUCUUUUUCCACUGUA